ACUCUUUGUUUCUCUCCAUCAGGGUCUUCUACUCUUCUCUGAUUACCAGGCGUCGACCUUUGACUUAUCGAAGCUUCCCAGCCACAGGUUUGAGGCCAUGGAUCACUUUGCGAAGUGCUUCCUGAUCCUGCGUCUGGAGGGCAGCCGGGUGGAGGGAGGCCUUCAGAGGGCGCAGGGCGACGGCCGCGGGUGGAGAGCGGUGCGCGUGGACCUGGUGUCGCCGCCGGCGGACCGCUUCGCCUUCACGAUGCUCGGCUGGACCGGCUCCCGGAUGUUUGAGAGAGACUUACGAAGGUUUGCUCGACUGGAACGACGGAUGCUUCUGGACAACCACGCCUUGUUUGACAAAACAAAGAAGGAGUUCCUGACAGCAGCGACUGAAAAGGACAUCUUUGACCAUCUGGGCCUCGAGUACAUCGAGCCUUGGCAGAGGAAUGCGUAGGCCUCGGCUCCUCCCUAGACGGAUGGUACCCUGUGCGCACAUCAAUGAUCGCCCCAUCUGCUUGCUGCUCUCAGGCCUCUCCCGUGAUUUACUUUUAAACGGCUUCUGAUUCCCGUGUCUCCUUUGUGUUGUUGUUGCUGUUGUCGCCUGAAUUACACGCUGAUGCAUGAUUCAUAAUUCAUAAUUCGCCCUUGUUCGCUAUUGUCUGACAGAGAAUAAAAAUUCUCUCAUACCAUU